AUGGCUACGGUUGAGAGAGCAUUUGGAGUGACAAACAUCAAACAUCACAUCCCACUGGUGUUGGAUCUAGACGUGUUCAACUAUGAUGCGUGGAGGGAAUUGUUCCUCACGCACUGCUUGACAUUUGACCUCUUAGGUCAUGUCGAUGGUUCGACUGUACCAGAUGAUGAUGACGACGUUUUAUGGAGGAAACGUGACGGUCUUGUCAAGCUCUGGAUUUACGGGACGCUUGCACCACCGCUGUUCAAAUCAUCCUUCAAAACUGGUGGAACAGCCCGCGACGUGUGGCUGCGCAUAGAGAACCAAUUCCGUAACAACAAGGAUUCUCGAGCUAUUCAGCUUGACAAUGAUCUCAGGACGAAGGAGAUAGGGGAUCAAACUGUUCGCGAGUUCUCUCAGGAACUAAAAUCAAUCGCUGAUCUACUUGAAAACGUUGAUGCCCCUGUUUCCGACAAGACACUUGUCAUGUACAUGCUCAACGGGUUGAAUGAGAAAUAUGACCACAUCAUUAAUGUGAUCAAGCAUUAG